CUCGUUAGAGUAGUAGAUACAUUAUUUUACAUAAACACAACACCAACAUACUCGAACAAACCCCCUCUCCUCUGGUUAUUCUUCGAUUUUGGAGUUUGGGGCUUCGAUCCGCCGGUUUUGGUAGUGGGUUUUUGGUGAAGCACCAUGUUUUUGCUGGACUGGUUCUAUGGUGUUCUUGCGUCCCUCGGAUUGUGGCAGAAGGAGGCGAAGAUCUUAUUUUUGGGCCUCGAUAAUGCCGGCAAAACCACCUUGCUUCACAUGCUCAAAGAUGAGAGAUUAGUGCAACAUCAGCCUACACAGUAUCCAACAUCCGAGGAAUUGAGUAUUGGGAAAAUCAAGUUCAAAGCUUUUGAUUUGGGUGGACAUCAGAUUGCUCGUAGAGUUUGGAAAGAUUAUUAUGCCAAGGUGGAUGCAGUGGUUUAUCUGGUGGAUUCUAAUGACAAGGAGAGAUUUGCCGAGUCAAAAAAAGAGCUGGAUGCUCUCCUCUCCGACGAGGCAUUGAUUGAUGUUCCAUUUCUUGUCUUGGGAAACAAGAUCGAUAUACCGUAUGCUGCUUCCGAAGAUGAGCUGCGCUACCACCUCGGACUGAACAACUUCACCACAGGCAAGGGGAAAGUAUACUUAACAGGUUCAAAUGUCCGCCCUCUUGAGAUAUUCAUGUGCAGCAUUGUGCGGAAAAUGGGUUAUGGAGAUGGUUUCAAAUGGCUUUCUCAGUACAUUAAGUAGAGGGAAAUUUAGGACGUAAAAGUAAAGAUUUGGUUUAUAGUUUUUAAAUGUUAUUUCUUAUGAAACCAAGCUGUUGGUAUUGGAGAUACUUUACUUUGUUCUUUCCAUGAAAUGACAAAACAUACCCCUUCCCCAUGACAUGUUGAGCAGAAAAGAAAAACAAAAAAUAUUAUUUUUUUGUUAUGAUUGACGAUUGUUUUUAGAGAUGUCUAGCUUUUUAUGCUCAGUUUUGCCCCACUUGUCUAGUGGAAUACCCUUCGUUUGGAUU